AUGAUCGAGCUGAUUGCUGCGCGUGGCAACACAUCUCUAGAAUCUGCGGUAUCACUGACCAAAGCUCUACGAUGGGACAUUCAAGCUCUUGGCCAACGGUUGGCGAAUGCGGCUGCAUCCGAAGAGCAAUUCCGAAAAGGAAGCAAGUCUGCCGCUAGUCGCACUCAAAACGAUGCGGAGAUCAAGCUCAUUAUCAAGGACAUCAGGAAACUCUUGAUACGAAUUGAGGAUGCAGUGCCCCUCAUGAAUCUGGCGAUCACUGCCUCUGGGGCUAAGCUAUCAACUAAUUUACCGUCAUCCAUUUCGCCAUCCAGAUUACUACAAGCUAGCACUUUUCUUAUCGCUGGUGACACGCAGUAUUCAAUGUCUCCUUCGCAGGCCGUCCAAAUCGGCCCUACCUUCACUCUGUCAGUGUACAUGCUUUAUGCGAGUCAUCUUCGGCCACAUGACGAAGAUGGGAUUCGCGAAACGACCUGGAAGGAGGUCAUGCACAAAGCCCGCCUGAAGCUCCGACGAGUGCCUAUGGACCUGGCUACCAACCCACAGGCGGCACAGAAACGUCAUCUGUACCCCGCUGAGGCAAGGGUAGAUGAAUUCGCCUAUCAAUUGCUGAUAAUCGAGGAUUUGGACGACGGGCGGGUUCACACGUUCAAUGACGACGAGCCUCGUCCAGAGAGCUAUGAGGACGUCAAGUCUGCCGGACUACGGGAAAUACUCCCCAUUCACCAAAUUUCCAAGAUAUUCUAUGCCGACACGGGCAAGAUAUUGAAUAUCAGCACGGACGGCGAAACGAACAACCCCGUGUUACUUCUGAAGCGAGACGUCAACGCUAUCCCUCCCCGACGAAUGGUAGAGCGCGAAGAGACCGCCUACGACACUCCCUCCGAUGAAUCCGACACCGAAGAAGGAGACGACGAUCAAGCGCAGCUAGACGCCCAGUUAAACGGAGCGUCUGCCCCUUCCAUGAACGCCAGCUUCCACGAGACCUCGGUGCCCGAUGAAUGGCGCUUACCCAAGGAUCUCGACCCCGAAUGGAUCGCUUUCGAAGUAUACAACGAGGACGAAUCAUCAGACGAUGAGUCCGACGAUGAACCCCCCAAAACGCCCGCCAAAGAGUCAUCCUCAACCUUCGACCCGGAAAUGAUGGCCAAACUCUCCCUCGACCCCGGCAGCAACAGGUCAACUCCCUCCAGCCACAAACACCAAGACAUCUCCCGCCCUUCUUCCUCGUCUCAAAACAUCGCCACAGCCACUGUCUCCAACCCCCAAUUCAACAACAUCCGCACCUCCCUCUCCCUCCUCGAGAUCCUCCUCCGUCUGAUGUCCCUGCAGCAAUUCCAACAGCAAUCCCACCUCUCUAUCAGCGAUGAACUCCUGAACUUCUUCCUCGAAGAGUCCGCCACCACUGGUGCCGGCGGCGACGAGCAACACCGGCAACGUCUUCGCGCCGACGCCCGUCGCAGAGUCGGCUGGGAUCCCUACGACGAAAGCCCCCUCAAACGACGCGGCGAGGAGUAUCAGUACACCUGGGCCCCGGAUGGCACGCCGACGGGGUAUCCCCGCGAUGGUGCUGAUUAUCCUUACUCGCCGAGUGACCGCGUGCGAGGGUUCCAUCUCCGCUCUAGGGAGAAUACGCCGGAGACGCCGUUGCGGUCGCGACGCUCUACCCCGGCGCGGCCGGACGUGCGUCAGCCGAGUUCGCUGCGUAGUUCGUCGGUUCGUCCAGAGGAUGCGGAGGGCCGGUGA